AACUGUGGACAUAGUGGUCCUGGUGGUCUAUUUUUUACUUGUGCUUGCUGUGGGCUUCUGGUCGAUGUUGAGGACAAAGCGCAGCACAGUGGAUGGAUACUUCCUGGCUGGGAAGAACAUGACGUGGUGGCCAGUGGGGGCCUCACUCUUUGCCAGUAACAUUGGCAGUGGACACUUCAUUGGUCUGGCAGGGUCUGGAGCUGCAGCAGGAAUUGGAGCCAUUGCAUAUGAAUGGAAUGGUAUGGUGAUGUUACUGCUGCUGGGAUGGCUCUUCCUGCCCAUUUACAUCGCAUCUGGGGUAACAACAAUGCCAGAAUAUUUGCAGAAGCGUUUUGGUGGAAGAAGAACACAGUUACUUCUAACUGUCUUAUACUUAUUCAUUUACAUCUUCACAAAGAUAUCGGUGGACAUGUAUGCUGGUGCGUUGUUUAUUCAGCUGGCUCUACAGUGGGACAUUUACCUGGCGGUGGUGCUGCUGCUGUCAAUCACAGCUCUGUACACAGUGGCAGGUGGUCUGGCUGCGGUUAUUUAUACCGAUGCUGCUCAAACUGUGAUCAUGCUGGCAGGGGCGCUCACACUCAUGGGCUUCAGCUUUGCAGAGGUAGGAGGCUGGAACGCUAUGCUGGAAAAAUAUCCCAAUGCCAUCCCCUCGUUCCGAGUGCCUAACUCAACCUGUGGUAUCCCUCGGGAUGACGCUUUCCACAUAUUCAGAGACCCAGUGAACUCUGACCUGCCUUGGCCAGGUGUCAUCAUCGGCAUGUCAAUCCCGUCCAUUUGGUACUGGUGUUCUGAUCAGGUCAUCGUGCAGCGUUCUCUGGCUGCAAAGACCCUUACUCAUGCAAAGGGUGGAUCCCUGCUGGCUGCGUACCUCAAAAUUCUGCCUUUCUUUGCCAUCAUGUUGCCUGGUAUGAUCAGCAGGAUACUCUACACAGAUGAUGUGGCGUGUGCAGACCCUGAGCUGUGUAAGCAGAUCUGUGGUAACCCUGUGGGUUGUUCAGACACAGCCUAUGCCAGACUGGUUAUAGAACUACUGCCUGCAGGUCUUCGUGGCCUGAUGAUGGCGGUGAUGAUUGCUGCCCUCAUGUCGUCUCUGACUUCCAUCUUCAACAGCGCCAGCACCAUUUUUACAAUAGACCUGUGGAAGAGUUUCAGAUCCAGAGCAUCUGAGUGGGAGCUUAUGAUUGUGGGCAGAGUGUUUGUGCUCGUGCUGGUGGUUGUGUCCAUAGUGUGGAUACCCGUCGUCCAGGCCAGUCAGGGUGGGCAGCUCUUUAUCUACAUCCAGACCAUCAGCACCUACCUUCAGCCUCCUGUGUCCAUAAUCUUCAUAAUGGGUUGCUUUUGGAAAAGGACAAAUGAGAAGGGUGCGUUCUGGGGCCUGAUUAUUGGCCUGGUGAUCGGCUGUAUCCGCAUGGCCCUCGACUUCAUCUACCCUGCACCCUUGUGCUAUGAACAAGACGACAGGCCCGCAGUGUUGAAAUAUGUCCAUUAUCUGUACUUCUCCAUGUUACUGUCCUUCAUCACGCUAGUCAUAGUGGUUGUGGUCAGCCUGGCCACAGAGGAGCCGAGGCCGGAGCAGGUGACUCGGCUCACCUGGUUUACAAGGUUUGACCCCGUGGAGCCUAAACAGCAGGUGUUCACCGUGGAGCAGAGCAGUAAGACCUUAGAGGUGAUAACCAAUCAGACGGAUAGGAUGGAAGUUCUAGAAAACGAUGGACAAUCAAGCCAUCACAGGGACUCCACAUCCUCUGUGUCCAGUGUCCAGAGCCAGUCGAGGCUGAUGUGUGCCCUCUACUGGCUGUGUGGGAUGGAAAGACGGAGGGAGGGCGACAAUAAUCCUGUAAUUCCUCCUGUACAAGAACAAGCUGUCUGCUCCCUGGAGGAAAAGCCACAUCUUAGGAAAAUUGUUAAUGUCAACCUCAUCCUCUCUCUGUCUGUAACGGCCUUUAUCAUUGGCUACUGGGCUUGAUUGUCAAAUUUGACCCUAAUGGACAUGUGUGCACAGACUAUUUCUGAC